AUGUGCUCCGCACUGCGCAUGCUCCCGCAGAGCCCGGUGCACAGCGAUGCUGUGGGAGCUGGGCAUUCCCCUCAGUCCGAGCCCAGCACAGGCAGUGGCGCGCGCGGACGGACGGACGGGCGGGCGGGAGGACCGGGGCUCCGGGAGGCGGAUUACAGAGAAAAUCACUGAUUCUUUUUCUCCACAGCCCAGAGUCACAUGAGAGCUCCGCCGCUCCGCUCCGGCAGUUUUCUGGAGUUGCCAUCAAUGAAAGCUGUCUUCAGCUAUGAUGACCGAUCAGCACCUCCCACUUCUGGAGGCCACGCCCAUGCUGGCUGAUGUGCCUUUUCUCCCUCCAAUGAUCAAUGGAGACAGCAUGCAGCAGAUGAUCUUAGUGCAGGUGAAUCCAGGGGAAACCUUCACUAUCCGUACAGAAGAUGGGCACUUUCAAUGCAUUACAGGUCCAGCACAAGUGCCCAUGGUCUCCCCAAAUGGCACCAUGCCCCCCAUUUUUAUUCCUCCAGGUUAUGUUUCUCAGGUGGUGGAGGAGAAUGGCAUGCGUAAAGUGCUGGUUUUACCCCAUACUGUGGAGUUUCACCCAUCUCUACCGCCUGUACCUCCACAUCUCCCCCUCUACACCCCUCCGCACCCGACCAUGCUGCACCACCCGCACGUCUUCCCCACAGAACUCCCUCACUACGUCCACCAGCUGCCAGCUCUGCCCAUCUACACUGAGCAGGACAUGAUGUGUCACAGCAUGUCGAUGCCCAUCCAUGAAGAACGAUCGGUGAAAAUGCAGGAGCAGCUGCAGCGGAGGCUGAAGGGCAGUUAUCUGGGCACUGCCAACGGAGUACCCCUCCCUCACAGCCCCCCAGGACCUUUUAUUAAGGGGGGGCAGGUCGCCAUGCUUAAUGGAAACAGCAAGGGCCGGACAGGCUCGGCCGCGUCUCCCACACCCCCUCGACUCAAACCCUCUGGCCGGACCAGAGCCUCUCCCACAUCGAGCUAUGACGCUAAAGACCCGGAGGAGGAAGUGAGGCGGGUGCAGGAGCUGCUGUCGGCCGUAUGCAAACCAUCUGUGGGCAGUGUCACGUCUCGCUCAGCUGUCCUCUCCUGGCGUCCUCCACUCCCCAUACCGUCAGAGACAGACACACACUCACACACACACACACACUCACACACUGCCCUGCUGCUCAGCUACGAGCUGGCCUUGUCCCCGAGCGGCACGGAGGGAGAUUUCAAGCUUGUGUACCAAGGGAAGGACACUAGAUGUACAGUGGGAGACCUCAGGCCUGCUACGAACUACUACGCCAGGGUCUGUGUGGCGUGUAGCUCAGUGAAGGGAGCCCAGUCCGAUACUGUAGCUUUCACUACGCUGCCCGGCGCUCCAGACGCUCCUGCAGCUCCUCGACUUCUCCAGAGAACCAAGAGCUCCAUAAGUCUGCAGUGGAGGUCACCCAAUGACAAUGGCUCCAAAAUCACUGGCUUUUGCCUGGAAUAUCAUGAGCAGGGAAAACAAAGUGCAUUUAAGGAGGUUUACAGUGGCCUUGCCAAGCAGUACAAAGUCAUGCGACUCAUGCCUUCAACAAAAUAUGCCUUCAGACUUGCUGCUAAAAACGAUGUAGGAAUGAGUGCCUUCAGUAGUGUUGUGAGCUGCUGCACGGCGAGCUGCUCUGCCGCUCCUCCUGCACCGCCGGCUCCCCCUCGGUUAACGGAGGCUGGAGUGACGUGGCUGAGUCUGGAGUGGAGCGCCCCCUGUGGGUCGGCUGGGCGAGACACACUUGUGUACAUAUUGGAGGUGGAAGAGAAGGGACUGGGCUGCGGCUUUCAGCUGAAGCACAGAGGAGAGGAGCAGUCGUGUACAGUGAAGGAGCUCAAGAGAUUCACCUCCUACCAGUUCAGGGUUCUGGCGACUGAUACAGAAGGCACUAGCCAGCCCAGCGGAGUGGUGGAGUACAGGACCCUGCCGGACCAACCUGGCAACCCGGGCAAACCGUCUCUGUGCCGCCCUGCACAGCCGCACAGCCUGCAUGUUAUCUGGGAGGCACCAGAAGAUGAUGGAGGCUCGCCAAUCACUCUGUAUGUUCUGGAAAUCAGUCACACUGAUGGGCAGUGGGAUGUUGUGUACAGUGGUCCUCUCAGGCAGCAUGUGUGUGAGUGUUUGCUGGAGGGGACGUGGUACAGUCUCCGAGUGCACUGCCGGAGUUUAGGAGGGCAGAGUCAGGUCUCAGAGAUCCUCUCGGUUGAGACUCCAGCUCUGCCUCCGGGACCGUGUGAAGCAUUACGGACUGCAGGAGACGCCACGCCCUCAGAGAUUCCCCUGUGCUGGGACCCUCCAGUGCGUGAUGGUGGUGCAGCAGUGUCUCAGUACUGUGUGGAAAUGGCCCAGUCAGAGGAGGAGGAGGAUCAGCAGGAGGUGUUCUGUGGUUCUGAUUCUCGCUGUACUGUUAACCAGCUGCUGCCUGGAAGAACGUACCUUUUCUGGGUGAAGGCGUUCAACACAGCCGGGUGGGGUCCUCUGUCAGAAAAGUGCCAGGCCUCCACAGCAGCCGGACCUCCAGAGCAGUGCCGUGCUCCAGAACUCACACUGAAGACUUCCAGCAGUGUGCUGGCUUCCUGGCAGGUCCCGGUGUGUAACGGAGCCGAGGUGUGUGAGUUCAGGAUGGAAUGGGGGCUUGAGGAGGGGUCUCUCGAGUUGCUGUACUGCGGCCCCUCGUCUCAGUACGAAGUGAACGAUUUGCGGCCAGCUACAGAAUACCGCUGCAGAGUGCAGGCAGUCAGUGAUGUCGGGGCAGGCCUCUUCAGCGAUGUCGCCAUGGUAACGACACCAGCCUCAGUACCGGCUGCUGUGGAGCAUGUUGAGGAGAUGAGGGCGGAGCCUCUGGAUGAUGUAAUGCCUCGCAGCUCUGCUACCACUCUGGCCUUGCGGUGGAAGGAGCCUCGUUGCCACGGAGCUGAAAUUUCCAGCUAUAAUAUAGAUAUUGGGGAGGAGCUCCCCCUGUCGGUAGGAAGGACGAGUUACCACAUACUGGAAAACCUGCAGCCAGAAACUACAUACAGGAUACGAGUACAAGCAGUGAACAGCAUCGGUUCUGGUCCGUUCAGCUCAGUGCUGAAGCUCAGGACACGAGGUCUGCCUCCAGAGCCGCCUCUGCUGGAAUGUGCUGUGGCCGGUCCUCAGAGCCUGAAACUGAAGUGGGGAGAAGGACCCAGCAGACCCCAGAACAGCCGAGGCACCCACUACUGUUUGCACAUGCAGGUCGACACUGACAGGUCUGUGUGUAUCUACAGUGGCCCCUGCCAUACAUUUAAAGUACAGAGGCUGUGUGAGGCCACAGAGUACCAGUUCAGCAUUCAGGCCCACAGUGAAGCAGGCAUGGGCCCCCUCUCCACCCCCUACACCUUCAGCACCACCCGCUCCCCCCCACCUCAGCUCAGAGCCCCAAAGGUUGAACCCGUUGAAUGGAAUAAGUAUGCAGUCACGUGGGAGACGCUUCAGCCAAUGAGAGGAGACCCGAUCGUGUACAACCUGCAGCUUCUGAGGGGGCGUGAGGUGGAACAGCUGUACAAAGGCCCUGCGACCUCCUACACGUGGCAGAACUCCACAACCGGCGUCAGUUGUCGGCUGCGGGUCUGCGCGGGCCGCCGGAGCCAGGAGGGCAGUGAGCUGUGGGGUCAGUGCAGCCUCAGCACCAGCCUGCCUGCGACUGCGCAGCCGAGGGAGCACAAGAUCUCCAGCUGCCAGGACCCUCUGCCCAAGAGGAGCUGGCCCCUGACCGACGAGCCCUUCGCCACCAUCCUGCUGUUCGGCUUCGUGGUGCUGGCAGUUCUCUUCGCCGUGCUCAUCCAGUACUUUGUGAUUGAGAGGCAGUGAGGAAGAGGAGGGCGAGGAAGGAGGGGGGGGGUGGGGUGGAGUUUAAGAGCAGAACAGAGCAGAGAAGAGCUCGUAGCACAUUAGCUUCUUUUCCACUGUGGAGCCUGAGACUGUGGAGGUUCUGAGCACAGAGAGUAUGAACUAUGGACGUGAGUUUGGCGUUGUGGAAUACAGACGAUACCUACAGUAAAUACAGGGGUUGGACAAUGAAACUGAAACACCUGUCAUCAUUUUAGUGUGGGAGUUUUAGGUUUCAUGGCUAAAUUGGAGCAGCCUGGUGGCCAAUCAUCAUUAAUUGCACAUUAAUGCACAUUAUUGCACCAGUAAGAGCAGAGUGUGAAGGUUCAAUUAGCAGGGUAAGAGCACAGUUCUGCUCUAAAUAUUGCAAUGCACACAACAUUAUGAGUGAAAUACCAGAGUUCAAAAGAGGACAAAUUGUUGGUGCACGUCUUGCUGGAGCAUCUGUGACCAAGACAGCAAGUCUUUGUGAUGCAUCAAGAGCCACGGUAUCCAGGGUAAUGUCAGCAUACCACCAAGAAGGACCAACCACAUCCAACAGGAUUAACUGUGGACGCUGUAAGAGGAAUCUGUCUGAAAGGGAUCGCCAGAACUGUCCAUAGCCACAAUAAAUUAUUGUGGUCUAAAACCAGGUGUUUCAGUUUCAUUGUCCAACCCCUGUAGUAUAGCUAGUGGGAUACUAUGUACUCAUUUCAACAGAACUGUUCAUGAGAGAUGGAUUAGUGAUGUCGGCUUUAGAUUUCGGGCUUUACUUUUAUGGCUUUACUUCUGUGAUUUUCUCGUCCAGUGCCAUUUCAAAACUUAGAACGGUCCAAAAAAUGAUAGAGAUAAAGCAAAGAAACUUUCAUUUUCCUACACAAAAAGCUAUUCCAGGCCCAUUUUCAUCACGUAGUCUUUUUUUUAUCAGCACAACAUAUAAAACAUAUGGAAAAACAGGAAAACAAAGCCAGUCACAAUUACAAUUACAAAUCACACGAUUCUGCGCCGGCGCAGAACAGCCCUACAGUGGAAAACAGGCUAUAGCCAAACUGACUAGCUGACUAGCACAGGUUUAACCCAUUCACAAAGCCCAACAAAAGAAUCCUGAGCUUAAUCCUGUUAUGAUUUCUAUUAUUUUUAUUAUUAUUGCAUGGAAGAAAGAGAUCAUAUAUAUAUUUGAUGCCAGUAGGUACUUUUUCCAAUGCUUUUUUUGUGUCCUGACCAACGCAAACUGUGACAAAUGGGACUUUUGAUGUGUUUGCGUGUAUGCAUUCGAGUGUGUGUGUAUGUGUGUGUUUAUUCGUUUGCGUGUGCUGCCUUAUGUUCAUAUAGAGGAUUACUAUAUAUGGUGGUGGCCAGAUUAUGUAUAAUAUGUGGAUAUAUUGUGUAUUGGAGUCAUGAUCGUAUGAUGAAUGGCGUCUGGACGAGGCUAAGCGCUCAGAGCUUUGAUGACCUUGGCUGGUAUACAGUAGUCUUUUCUUAAUGUAAAGCUCCUCCUUCCUCUUUUAAUGGAAAGUAAUCGGGAUCGUGUUGUAGAGUUUUUGUCGUUUGAUGGAAAUUAAGUCGUCAGGACUGAGUACUUUUUACUGAGAUAAGGAGAUAAGGUGAGAUUGUGACUCAUCUUAUUGCUUAUUGGCAGCGUUGGUGUUUUUAUCACUAUUGAAAAAAGGGAGACUGUGCCAAAGUUUUCAAGAGUUUUUCAUAACUUUAGGAAGAAGGAGGAUCCUGUAAACCCAUAUAAACCCAUAUAAACCCCCUUAUAAAAUCUCUGAAUGAGAAAUAUUUUCCUCAAUAUUUUAAACAUUGUACUGCAUUUAUCUGAUUGAGACAUUGGGAGAGCGAGAGUUUUCUGUUCUGCUAUCACCAGUGUGUGCUUUUACACAGUAGAGAGAGAGAGAGAGAGAGUAUACAUACAUUCUAGCUAUGUUCAUGUACAUACAGAUAAUAUGGCAGUAUUGGGUAGAUAGCCUAUACGGAUAUGCAUUUGUUAUAAAUGUCUCUCUAUUUAGCUCAAACUGAGCAUCGUAAUAGUCCCUUUCUGGGUUUAGAGAAGCUUUUUAUUAUGAUUUUUUUUUUUUCACUAUUACUUUACUAUUACUUUAACACUUUUUGUUGUUGUGAAUUUGUUGUGAAUUCUCACUGAUGUUAAUUCUCCCCUCUGUUCAACACUACUGAUUUGGUUGCACACACCCCCGAGAACAUAGUCAUUAGUGUUCUUGUGAACAUCUGGCUGAUGGUGUUUAAAUCUUUAUCUUGAAGCAAAGCAAAGGUUUGAAGGUUUGGUUCUAACAGUUUUUCCCCUUAACCCAAAUGCAUAUAUAUAUUUAUAUACAUAUAUAUAUAUAUAUACACUGUGGUAGGCCCCUGGGGUUAGGGGCGUGACCACUGUGACCCGGAAGGAGGAAGCACACAGAGAACACAGACACGGGGAGUAAAUGAAACUCAAAACAUACCUUUAUUCGGCUUUUAAACACCCUCCACCACACCCAAAACAAACUUAAACCAUAACUCAGCCCAAUGGGGCUCUAGAGUCUGUAGAAUGAACUUUAGUUUAGUUCUAAAGGUCCGUGCAGCCUCAGCCCUCAGCUCCCCAGUCAAGAGUUCUCCCAAAUGAUGGCGGAGGCUGAGUAUAUAUGCCUGUCUCAACUGGCGGCUCAAUCAGCCCUCAUGCGGGCCAGCUGAGACAGGCAUGGCUUUGCGCUCUGGCGUGGGGCGGACCCACAACUCCCCCACCUCCUCACGCCACAAUACAUAUAUAUAUAUAUAUAUAUAUAUAUAUAUAUAUAUAUAUAUAUAUAUAUAUAAAGCCUUACAGUACGUUUGCUCUAGAGCUACAAGCAGUAUGGAUACAGUCUCAUAUAAAAUAUCUAAGUAAAUAUGAAAUUUGUUUUGAUUUAGGUAUAGGCUACAGUGUUCAUAAAUGAGCAAAAAAACACCAAAUCACCAUUUUUCCAGUUUUCAACAUAAUAUGAAUCUGACAAUUCUGAACAAUGAUUUAUUCAUAAAAUAAAAAUGAAAUAUCCAUUAAUAAAUAAUUCAUUAAGAUAUUGAAACACUAAUUGUCAUCCUUUUAGAAGUGAAGGCUAAUACAAUAGGACACUUUUACAAAUUAAUUUCUAUAAUCUAAUUAUCUUUGUUAUAGAAAUUAUUGUGAAUUAUCUUGUAAAAUCGUUUAGAAAUGUGUGCUCUUUCAAGGUUGGCGGUCAAGGUCUGCAUUGUCCAUGAUGAAAGGACGAAUAGAAAUUAUCCAGAACUAAAUCAACCCCUGUUUUCUGUCUUUUGUGGCCAUUUUGGUGCAAGAUUUUUUGUCAGACAGCAAUGAAAUACAUAGCUAUAUAUGGCUAUUUGAGGCAUAUAGAUAUAAAUAUCAGACAUUUUCUUAUAUGUAGAAGCUGAUCCGUAAACAUCCGUGUAUAUUCUGCUUUUUUCGACUUAAUUUAAUACAUCAAAUAUCAGUUUCAAAAAUCAGUUAAAUAAAAUUUACAGAAAAAAAAAUCAUCAUUCCUAGUUUGGUGCAACCCUGCAUUUGGGUUAAGGUGGAGAAAGAGGUCAUUUUUGCUAAGCUUUGCUUUUUAAAAAAUAUAAACAUAUUUUUAUUGGUUUAUUUGUUAACACCAACCUGCCAUUCUUCAUUUUUUAACCAGAUAUAAAACACUGCAGAUGUGCCAUAAAAUAUAAUGUAAAGUGCAUGCUCUAGACUAUGAGCUAUGAGCAGCAGGUUAUUAAUUCAUUUUCAUUCAUUGUCUUCUGAUAUCAUAUGAUGCUCUUUAUAUGUAGCUAAGGAGGUGAGAUCAAGUUUAAAGUGGAUAUUUAAUAAUAUUUUAUUAUUUUUUAUCUCAUAUCCUUCCUUUAAUCUCAUAGACGUUAUUAAUAGUGCUUUUGUUAACACUAGAGGGUAAUAAAUAGUGCUGAAUGUAAUGGGCCCGGAGUGAAGUGCCUCUUCUGAACAGGGGUCGUAUAUAUUUGGAGUAUGUUAGCUGGAAUCCAUGCCUUUUAAAUCUUAUCGACUGUAAUAAAAUCUGCAGUGUAGAGCUGAUGCUAGAUCCACACUCUUUAACCUGUGAGGAUGUGUGUUUGAGUGUGUGUGUGUGUGUGUGUGUGUGUGUGUGCUCAGGCCUUCUUUCUAGCUCAUUUUUAACUGACCGUAGUGUUUGCUUGUUUUAUUUUAUUCUAUUUUAUUUUAUUUAAAGCUGCUUCUGUCUGUUUUUUUUAGGUGAAGGAGAAAAGCUGCUUAAACUGUUUAAAUUUCUUUGUUUUUUCAAAUCUUGAACUGUAUUGAACUGGUUGUUUUUCAUACCUCUUUUCAUGGUGCAAAAGCCAUUCUAGACUGACUCGUUGUCUCAUUUCUACAUCCAACCAGAGCCAAACCCAAAUGCAACUUUAGGAAAUAAUAUGUUUUUUUUAUUUUUGGCUUAUUUUUUUUUUUAUCAGUUUCAGAACUACAGAUCUUACUUCUUCUUUAAUAAUGAUCUAUAUGCUUUAUAUCAAAUCACAUAACUGCAGAAGAUGUAUCUCUUUCAGUGUAUCUGACAUAUUGAAUGUUUUAUGUUUUGUAACUAAUCAAAGUCUAGAAUUAUCUCAAUUUUUCUAGCUGAUCUUGCUGAUCUAGAACACUAAAUAUUGUAUUUUCUUUAUUUUUUAUCAUGCCAAGAAAGGAAAAAGAAAGACAGAUGAGAUAUGAUGACAAAUGAGAUACAGCAUGUUAUCACACCCUAUCAGAGCUGGUCCAGGGUCAGCUUAUAAAACUGUAUAUGUUUGUGUUAAAGGAGUACGACAUGCAAAAUCUGUAUUUUAAUGCAAUGCGAUUCCUGACUUUGUAACUGGUUUGGAGAAAGAUGAGACUUAUGAGUCUUAUCUUAGAAAACAGCCCUGAAAGUUCUGUUUAUCAGUAGUUAUAUACAGUAACUAGUUUUAUAUUAUUAUAUAGUUAUAUAGCCUUAGAAUUUGUGUUUUUCAGAGUAAACCAUAUGAUCGUGCAUGAUUGCAUGAAGUGACGCUAGUUUGGAAUACUGUGCUAAAUCUGUGCUAGACACCUGAAGAGGGUAUUUAAAAAAUAUAUAUAUAUAUAUAUUUUGGUAUUAUUUACUCAGAAAAACACAAAUUCUCGAAUAAAUUCAAAUUCUGUUAAUACAAAACCUUAUGUUAUAUGCCUUUAUCCCAAUUAUGCAAUGAACACACGUGUCUGGUGAGCAGUAAGGGUUAAUAUCUUUUUGCUUCAGUGCCCAGAAAUGGAAGUUUGAUAAACUUAAACCUAUUGAAACCACAACCUGGUCAUCAGUAACCAAUCACGAUUGUUGUAGAAACAUAAUUCCAUUUCUGGGGACUUAAGAAUUGCUUAUUAAAGUAUGGAUUUUGCAUUCAGACACUAAUUUCUGGCUCCAUUCUUGUGGUGCACCUGAUACAAUAUGUGCUGCACAUGUAGCCCAUGGAGCUACAACAUCUUGACACAUAUGUAGGCCAUGGUGCUAAACUGUUUGAUGCAUCUGUAGUCCAUGGUACAUUAACCUGGACCAUGAUCUUGAUACAUUAUUUCUCAUAAAAGAGAAGAAAAGACAUUUAUCAUAGACAGAAAUGGACAAGAGUUGAUUACUUCUGUUAUAAGCCAACUUUGGCUUAUCAGCUUUUCUGUUCUUUUACUAAAUACAGGGAAUCGCAUUAAGACUUUUUUUUUUUUUUUUGGAGACCAUAUGGUACAGAUGCACCUGAAACAUGUUCGUCUAUUCCUUUAACACUGGCCAGUAACAAGUUCUCCUCGUAUAAGUACUUAAGCCAGUGUACUAAGACUCUACUAACAGUUUAAAACUUCUUCUGAGGCCAAGACUAGACCCUGUUUAUGCCAAAUGAAUGGAGGCGUGCUUUAUAUUUCAGUGUAAGCUACUGUUUCUGCUCUCGUUUUUAUUUGUAUUUUUUCCGUUUCCUGGAUAUGUAACCAAAGCCAGUGGAAAGACUGUUACCAGGCACCGAGGUUACUGUGCUCAUGCUGUUUUCCUCUCAUUUCAGUCAGUUUAAAACGUUUCAUCAGUUCAGAACAAUGACCGUCAUAAACCAUACAAAAGCCAUAAAGAGGAGGCUGGGAUCUCUGUGGUCUCUCUGUGGCUAGCUGCUAAAAACAAGUCACACUAAAAAUCAAUUGUAACAAACGUGUCAUUAUUUUUUAUUUUUUUAUUUUUUUCAUACUGUAGGUCCCUAAACUAACUGCCUAGCUAGUGUCUAAGUGUGUUUGUGUCUUGUGAAAAUUAGGGAAAUAGAUUGGCUACAUGGACAAAUGCAUUCAAUAGCCGUUACUGUAUGCCUGCCUAUACAUGUAAUCAUUUUAUGUCAAUCUAUCUUAGCUCCAGAUUUUACCUUUUGUCAUGCCAGUAUUUUUAGACCACACUUUUUGAUACUGAACAUUUUAUUUUGAAAUACAAAAAUAUUAUACAUUCCAAAAAAGAUUUAUUUAUCUGCAUCGUUUUUAUUUCUUCUUAUUUUUAAAACUCACAUUAAAAGACUGCCAUGUACUAUAUGUCAUAACUGACUUGUAACAAUCAUAGAUAAUAUAUUUAAUAUGGCAAAUAAAUUAUAGUCAUUAUAUGUAUUCA